GAACUGCCCCACCCUCUUCCCCCAGCAGCCUCAGACGGAGCCCCCUGGGGUUAUUUCCACAGGGAACCACAGCUAACCACUUCUGUCAUUAGCCCUCAGCCUACAGUCUGGCCCCUAGGCAGGAGGAGGAGGAAGAGUAAGUACGUGAAGGAGCUGUUUAUUGGGGGGAUCUGGAGAGCAGAGUGGACCUCCUGGACAGGGAGGGCCUGGGGUGUGAAGCUCGGGGGCGGGCUUUCACUUGGCUCCUCCUCACAAUGGUAAGUUGACACCUAGAUCUCCUGGGCAACCAACAAUAAGAAAGCUGAAGCUGGACAGCAGCUGGCUGUCAGCACCAAGAGCCGGCUCUAGGCGGUGCCUGAGAGAGAAGCAGCCCGCUGCGGGGCAGGGGAGGCGGCCCUGGCGGCAAAGGAGGGGAAGCACACGAAGGCUCUACACUGGGGCGCCCCUUCUCUGAUCCCCGAUAGCUGAGCUCCCGGAGCACAGGAGCCCUAGCAACAUGGCAGCCGCAGACUUGCAGGAGGAGAUCCGCUCUGUGGGUGAGAGGCUGCUGCUGAAGCUGCGAGCACUGCCUCAGGCUGAGCCCGUGGAGCUUGUGGCCUUCUCUAUCAUCGUUGUUUUCACAGUUACAGUUCUGCUGAUGAUGAUGCUGGUCUGCAGCUGCUGCUGUAUGCCCUGCUGCUGCCUCGAUAGGAGAGUCAGGAAGAUCGCCGUGCUGCCCCUAAGACUCAGAUGAGAGGCAACAGUGAGAUGCCCCAAAGAGGAACUGGACAGGAGCCUUCCAGAACUGUGACACAGGCUACCAUUCUGGCCACUUCACUCCUUCAGACAGAUCACUUGGCCUCAGUUCCGGCACGGCCCAGGUAGCAGGGCAGACAUCUGGAACCUUGUCAAGGAAACAGGUGCUGCUCAAUCUGCCGGGGGACAGCAGUGCUUAGGAGUAGCCGUCUGGUUCAGAGACUCAGAAAACCACUGGGGUCUUCAGCUAAGCUGUACCUCUUAGGGGCCCCUACUUUAGUUGUGGGGAGCUGGCCCUUGGGGCUCUGCUGAUUUAUGCCAAAGAAAAGCAAGCUAAUUAGGGACUUUGUGCAAUAUACUAUACUCCAAGCCUCCUGUUGAGGGGGAGGGGAACAUGUCAGUAUUCUGGCUGAAAUUUGCUAACUUCCAAGUAAAGCUUUUUCGGUUAUGUGUU